GUUGACACGUGCUCUUUCUCAACGACCUGGGCGCACGGGUACAGAUACCUGGACAACUUGAAGCUCAGGUCCUCGGCCAUCGGCAUGAGCGCACGACAGGCCAACAGUUUUCACAUCUGAGGCAACGAAUUGCAUUGUUAUUGAGGGCCCCUUGGGUUCUCUUUGUUGUUGUUUCAGUCACACUCCAGCACAGCACAAUGGCCACCCGCCGGAUCAUCUCGCAGGAGAAGACCCUCCUCGAGAAGGACGACACCAUCGGGGCCAGCCCAGCGGCGAACGAGAAGUCCAACAUCUCGCCGGCCGUGCCGACGUCCGUCAUCAUGAAGCUCCUCGCCUUCACCCUCGGCAUGAUCGUGAUCCCCAUCGGGUCAUACUUUCUCACCGUCAACACUCUCUUCAGGGGCAACUCGACCUACGCGGGCGCCCUCGCAGCCAUCAUGGCCAACGCCGUCCUCAUCGGCUACAUCUUCGUGGCCAUGGCCGAGGACCAGUCGGAGCAGCAACAGCGGAAAGGGGGCAAGACAGGGCCGGGAGAGGGGAAGAAAGAUCGGUGAAAGAUACGGGCUAAGCGAUUCGUUUUACUUUUCUUUGCCAGCCAUCUCUCGCUAGCCAUGGCCGUUGGAGAACAUGAACAUGGGAGUUGCGGAUUGUAUUUCUUGGCGCAUUGA